CCUCCCACGGCCCCGCCCCUGCCCGGCGCAAGCGCAGCCCCGCCAGUCCCGGCGUACCCCGCGCCCGACCUCUCCGCGAAGCGCCGCGCGCCCCCGGCCGCUGAUUGGCUGUGGCUACGGCGGGGGCGGGCCCAAGCAGAGGGCGGCGGAUUCAAGAUGGCGGCGGCCAAAGGGCGGCUUCCAGCCCAGUCGGCGGAAAGGGCAAGAGUGCGGCGGUAGCGGUCCACUCCUGGCCGCGUCCGCUCCUGGCAGGGGGCGGUGGCAGGCACCGGAGCCCGCCCUGUGGAGCCCACGCCGGGACAGCGAGGGGAGGAGGCGCUGCCGUUUACCUUCGCUCUCCCGGCCUCCACUUUUCUGCGCCGCUGCUCUUGCUCAUCUUCUUCCAUCUUACUCCGGGGGUCUUCGCAGGUCGCCGGGAGGUGAAGGGGCCGAUGCGCUGCCGCCUUCGCUCUAUUUACACUCCCUCCCCAUUGCCUGGGCUCACCCUCCCCCCGCGACAACUGUCACGCAGACGUGGGCCCGCCCCGCGUUAGGCCCCGCCCCGGGGCGUGCACCCCCGGCCCGCGGCCUAUCAGGGGCCGCGGUCCUGCCCUCGCGCACGCGCGUUCAGGGAGGUGCCCUCAAGGAGGCGCGGCCCGGCGGAGCUCCGCCCCUGCGUCCGUUCCUCCGAUUGGCGCAUAGACGCUCCCGCCUCUUCGGGCAGGACCAUUGAGCGGGGCGCGGCAGCCUCGGCGCUCUCUGUGGUUGGUCGGUUUGAAGGACCCCGCGCACGUGGGUCGUCGGGCCCGGCUGGGACUGGCGCGGAGGCCGGUUCGCGUUCCCGCGAGGUUGAGGCCGCCCUGGGGGGAGUCUGCGCCGGUGUCCAGUUGAGUCAAGCUUCGCGAGCCUCCGGGGACAGCCCAGGAGGCCGGGCCCCACUGCAUGCGUGCGCCAGCUCAGGGCUGCCCGUAAAAUCGCUCCGGGUUGUGGCUGUGCCCGGGGGUGGCAGGACCCAAACUUUCGUCUCCAGGGGUCCUUUCGGCGACCGGGACAGGAUGGUGGCCCUGUUCGUGUCACGAUCGCAGACAGCCAGCAAAAUCACUUGAUUCCGUUCCUAGGAGUCCCUCCUUUGGGUCCCGCUGGCGCCUGGACCCACAGAACCGGAAUGCCGGGGGCGGCCAGAGUUAGUCAGUGGGAAUCGGGGCCGGCAUCCCCAACCCACGGAGCCCAGAGCUACAGGGACAGGAAGCCACCGGCGGUGCUGCCACUCCUGGACCCAUGGAUUCUUCCCACUGGGGAUACAGUGCCAUAUCGAGGGCUCUGGUUUAAGGCGUCUGCCCCCAGCUUGCACAGUCAAGGGUCCACUCUGGCACCGCUGCCAUAAAGCAGUGCCCUGCGUCAAAGAGUGUUAGCAGGGACCCCAUGCAGUGAGAAACUCAGAGAGGGUCAGGCUGAGGCCCUGCGGGCAGGAAAGGCAAACCCACACCCGCAAUACAAGUGUAUUCCUGUUAGGACAACCCCUGGAACCCCAGCGUGGAAGGGGCUCCAUAGGGCCACUUGCCAAGAGGCCUGUAAGGAUGCAAUUUUAAAUGAUACAGUAAUUGUGCGCAGUUCUAGAUCACCAGAGGGAGAGAGCUGUUUCAGUGAAAGGCAAAAAAGUCUCUUCUCACAUGGAAAAGUUUUAAGGCCUUGAAACGUUUGGGUAAAUCAAUCCAAAUAUAUUGUAAAUGGUUAUUAAAAAGGAACGUGCUGUACUUCCGGUUCAAAUUUCUGUGAAGCUAAAACUGCUCAAAAAGAUAGCCUGUUAAAAAUUUUUUUAAAAAGAAAGAAUGUGAUGUGGGUUAUGAAUUCAUGGUCCGUGUGGGAAUUGGAGUCUCAUGAAAUCAUUGUUUGUUCCUUAGCUUCAGACUCCACUUAAGCCUGUUUGUCCAGAUGAGGAAGUAAGGCGAGGUUUUUAUUCCUAGCCCACGGUUUUGAUUAACAAUCAAAUGCUGCUACAGUUAUCAGGCUCAUUGGAAGCUGAUAAGCUCUGACUAACUGACACUGAUCCGAAGCGUGUUGUUGGCAUCUCUUGUUACUGUAGCGUAAAUGUGCCUGGGUGAGCGUUCCCUCGCGGAGGGUGGGGUGGGGGGAUGCUCUCAUCAACUGGUGAUGGUUACCUAAAUGGCGGGGGGGUCGCAAACUCAGGAAGAAACACAGGAAACCCUUAAGCAGCUGUGCCUCGGUUUCCCUGUGUGAGAAGUGAAAACACCCACAAACUUGCCCCCGCGUCAGAUCUGGCCGGGGUAGAGCUGGGUAGGAUGACAGCGCUGCAAGCGGCAGCCGGAGAAAAGGUGGCGUAUCAAGCAGCGCUGCUGCGGGUUAACGUGCAGGGGUGUCCGGCGAACACGCUGCGGGGUCCGUGUUUCCUUCACUCCUGUGCCUUCAGUGCAGUAGGGUCUGUGUGCGGGCCGUGUGCCCCCUGUCUGCUCUCUGAGACUGAGUGCCAGUAACUAUGCUCCUCCACGAACGUGCUGUAGUGACUUUACUGACACAAGCUCACCUUUCAACCUGUGUGAACGUGUGAGUCGAAGCAACCGCAACUUACACAAACCUUCAGGGAGCCCUGGAAGUUCAACCUCCUCCUGUGUCAGACCACAGCCCUCUGUGUGGUGAGUGAUGCUUGCAGUCUUGGCUCACAGACACGAGGCGGUGGCCUCCUAAGACCAGGGGUAGGCAGGCAACACUAGCAGACCACAGGAUCAGAUUUCCCAGGAGCAGUCAGAGACUCAGAUCUAUGCCUGAAUCUCUCAACCUUUACGUGUUGCAGUACCUCUAAAACUUUGUGGGGGGCCCACGUGUUUGCCCACGCUGCUUUGGCCAGUGGUUUUCAAACUGUGUUCCGAGGAACCCCAGAAUCAUUUCCACGGCUAUUCUAGAUAUUCUGAAAUGUUGGCUCUGACUCUUAACUUAUUUUUAACAAUUAAACAGCUGUCCAGAUAUGUAGAUACUCACCUUCAAGGAGGGAAACACAACCCCCCACUCCUUAUGUAUGGGCUGUGCAUAGCUACUUCCUCCUGAAGAAGACAGUGUGGAAAGGGAGAGAGAAAUAGUAGCUGUGCAGUGGUGAAACCUGAUAGACACACGUCCACGAGGUAACUAAGGUCAUCGUCCACAGUGUAGGUCAUGUUGACGGCACACACCCUGGAUGGGACGUGAUGAGAAGGGCCUUUUGCCUCUGUGGUCUUCCUCCCAAAAACCCAUAACCCCAGUCCAAUUGUGAGAAAUCAUCAAACAAAUCCCAAUAGUAGAGGAACACCCUACAAAAUGCCCGAUACAGUAGGUAUUGAUACAAUAUAAAACAAAAUACAAUACUACUCCUCAAAGCUGCCCUUCCUGGGAAGCAUUGAAAUGAAGCAUCAUUUAGAAAAGUCUUCCCUUGAUGGGCUCACCCCCUCCCCUCCCAUCACACCCCCUCCCCAUGCCAGCCCUGUGGACAUGCCCUCUGCUGGGUAGGUGGGUCACCCACCGAUGGUCCGCCUCCCAGGUGCCCCUGCCCCUCAGGCACUGGGAACCCCUGCCCCUCUCUGGGCAUGGGUCCCGGCUGGGCAGUCCCCCUGCUGGAAUCACAUCCAGCCUGAGGGGUGGUGCCUCGGGGUGGCCCCGUGUCCUCUGAGGUGCCAGCUGGGUGCCUGUGGGGUGAGCCCACCUUGAGCUCCCACCCAGAAGCCCCCAGGCACCUCGUUGGCCAGCUCCCUGGUGCCACGCAGAGUUUCCUGAAGUCUGCAGGGAGGUGGUGGUCGCACCCUGUCUUCCAGUGUUUCUGGCCUUUACUCUCGUCUGGCUGGGAGGAUCCCUAGGAAAGGCCAGGGGCUUGCUGGCCUCCUGGAGGCCAUAACGGACUGAGGGCAGGGGUGGCAGGCCCCCGUGGUGCGUGGGGGGUGGAUGCCGUGCCCCUCCCCACCCCAUCCUCUGGGCUCUGUCCUCCCCGCCAGGGCUGUACUCUACCCCUCAGGCCCCAGCUGCUGCCCACUUUUUCCUUCCCAAGGAGCCCCGCCUGGCCACACCUGGGGAUCAGCAGUGUUUACUGGUAACCCCUGCAUGGGGACAGGCGGGGCCUGGGAAGGACUCUCAGUGGAAACCUGGCAACCGGGCCUCGCCAUGUCUGCGGCUCCUCGCAACCACCAUGGCGAUGCCCGACACUGCGCGUCCAGGGCGUGUGCCCCACACACACACGCUCUUCUCUGGCCGCAGAGGCCAGAAGGCAAACCGAGCCCGCGUGGGAUUCUUUCAGUGGCCCCAGGGCUGGGCUGCGUCUCUCCGGCUGAGCGGUUCUUCCAGAGGGAACUGAGACGGGGAGGGGCGGGCCCGUGGCGUCCCCUCCUGUGGCCCCGGGAUGCUGGACUCCUCGGUGGCAGAUCGGUUGACCCGGCUGACCCUGAAACUCCUGGAGAAGAAGCUGAAGCAAGAGCGCGAGGAUGUGGAAGUGGAUUCUGAGGACCCCCAGCUCACGCCCGGAAAUGAGGACGGGCCAGAGGCCGCCCUGCGGAGCGCUCUGAGGAUGAGGAAGGACCUUCUGCAGAGACUCUGGGAACAGCACCUCCUGGAAGAGGUCUCCCGGGCCCGCGCCUGGAGGGGGCUGGACGGAGGAGCCCGUGGGUCAGUGCUGCCCCCAGAGGUGCCCCCUGUGGGUGUCCACCCCGCUGUCUCCCCGGCCCCACCCACCCCGGACCCACCGCAGAUCACCCAACACCCAGCACCCCCACCUCCCACCACCAUCAUCCAGCAGCUGCCUCAGCAGCCACUCAUCGCACAGAUCCCCCCUCCCCAGGCCUUCCCCACUCAGCAGUCCGGAAGCGUCAAGGAAGACAUGGUGGAGAUGAUGCUGAUGCAGAGCGCACAGAUGCACCAGAUCCUCAUGCAGAACCUGAUGCUCAGAGCCCUGCCCCCAUCAGCACUCGCGCCCGCCCCCCUGCGCCUCCCCCCACAGGAACCACGUGGAGGGGAGGGGAGCCCAGGAGCAGCCGGGGGCCCGCUGAAACGCCCUGGUGUGUGUCAUGCUGAGGACCCGCAGUGGGCUCGCCCCGCCGUCCUGCGAGCCAAGAGGCAGAAGCCGCCCUCUGUGUGCCACCAUCACCACUACGCGCCCCCAGCCCCGCUGCAGGCCAGCCCCACUCCUGGCUCCCCGGCGGGUUACUCCACGUGGCCCCCGGUGGUCUCCGCCACUGCCCUCCCUCCUGCUGCCAGCUUCCUGCCCACCGUGUGGCACGUGGCCCAUCCCUCAGUGGCCGCCCUUGGCACGGCUGUGUCCGACGGCGUCCUGCCCACACAGGCUCCAGGCCUGUGACCCCACCGCGGGCUCGGGUAAGCGGCAGGGCCUCGUGCUCCCCCAGGGGGUGGGCAGCCGCGGCCCUGGAUGCGGGGGGGGGAGGGUCACGAGGAGACACGGCUCAGGAGCCAGGAGAGGAAAGGUCGACUGAGGUAGCCACACGAACCUUGAACCUUCCUGGGGGAAACGCCACGAGCAGAGUGCCACUCGUGGUGCCCGGCGGCCCAGGGCAGAGGCCCCGGCUCCUCACAGCAAGGGAGCAGCCGCAGGACAUGUGCCUGGUGUGUCUGUGUGAGGGCAGAGCUGCAGGCCGGUUCACUCACGUAGCCUCUCCUCCUGAAGCUGAGCACUGGAGGCUGGGCCGAGGCAGCGCUGUCUUCCAUCUGCCUCUGGCUGGAUUCUCCCCACGGGACGAAUUACCUUUACCCCACUCUCUGCCCCUCUUUUAUUUUCUCUGGUGGAAUUAUGCUUCCUGGCUGCUUUAAUAUAAUUUUCUCGCAAGUGUCAUUUUCAAGUAUUACGCGUGUUUUCAUCGGCCCCUUUUGGGAUAAAUGGUCUCUUUCCCCAAGUUCCACUCGAGCAGGACCCCUGCUCCAGCCUUACAUCUUUGGACCCUCGCAGUUGCCAGAAGGGUCGUCAGAGGAAGCGAGAUGACCUUGGAAUUGCCCUUUGGCUGCACACAGGCGCCCCUGGGCUGACCUCGGCCCCGUGCAGCUGCCCAGCGAGGAGAGGGCCAGGGCCUGCGUGCCUGAGUGCAGCUCGUCUCGACAGACGACAGACGCCGCUGUCUUCUUAAAUGUGCAGUUAAACGUCUGAGCCGAUUUCCUGAUUUUCAUGUUGAUGUUUUCUUUCUUUCUUUCUCCCCCAGCACUGCGGCCUGCGGGGGGCGGGGAAUGGGCACCAGGGAAUUCCCAUUCAGUUUGACGUUUUCUAACAUGGCUUUUCCCUUUGGUUUUAUUUCUCAACGUAAUUGUUAACUCAAUAGAGGGAAGAGAUUGGACAGAAGUUCACCAUGUUUGGAUGGUCUGGUAAAUUGGAAAAACUCAGUUUUGUUUACCUCCCAAGUCAGGAAAGCCCCGCCUUCCCUCCUAUGUCUUUCUCACCUGUGAGUGUCCUUUACUUUCACACAGAACAUUUCACUUCCGUCACCAAAUGUGUGGCGUUUCCCCACAUCAAGCAGUCCUCUGUGACCCCCGCAUGGGUGUCCUACAGUCCAGUUCUGACACCACCCACCGGGAGAUGGUGUCGGAUCCCACGGGUUAAGGGCUCAGUCACAAAUCCAGGCUGCCACCUGUGUCCCCGUGGAGUGGGGUGUGUCACCCUCCUGGUAUGCGGCUGUGUCUGCCGACCUGGCCCCCCCGAGCCUUAUGCUAUGGGGGCUGCACGCAGGCCUGACCCACGGGCACCUCCAUCUCUAGUCCCCUCCCUACUCUGGAGAAUGGGCGUGGGGCGGCGCUGUAAGCUCCAAGGUUCUCAUCCUGGCUCGGUCUUCCCGGCGACCAGCCUCCACCCAGGGGCCGCCCAGAGUCACCUCAUUAGGCCAAAGGGGCUCCUGGUGCUCCUGUCACCUGGGAAUUUAUGAGGAGCCCCACGUCAGGGGCCGGGGGCAGAUACCAACAUACGUGUUUCCUAGACCGCACACCUGGCCUUGCUGGGCCAACCGGGUUGAAGGGAACAUGUUCCUGAGUCCGGGAGAGUCCGGUGCCGGGAAAAGCCCGGCAAGGCCACCAUUGCGGGGCCUGCAGGAGGGGCGGUCACUGCUGAGGAGGGCCCGGGCGGGAAAGCACCCCGAGGCAUGCCAACCUGGGGAAGCCGAAGAGGUCUGAGCAGGCCCUGGCAGUGAGGGAGGCGGGUUCUGGGGCCCGGGUGCCGGGAGUACAGUGGUGGCAUGGCGUGAUACCGCAGCAUAAGACGACAUGGCCAUCUGGUUUUGUCCUGGUUCCUGGCACAGAGCUCGUAAAACCUUUGGAUUCCUGCGACUGUGCUAACGAGGUGACUCGGGCGCUGGAGAGCUUCAGAUGGGGCUCGUCGCCGGAGAAGCCAGCCCUGAUGAGAGGCUGGAACUCAGGCCCCGCCCCCAACCUCAGGGAGGGGAGGGGCUGGAGGCUGAGCCAAUCAGCAGAGGCCAGCGAUUUAAUCAAGCCCCGCCACCCUAGCAGAGCCUCCACAAAACCCCUAGAAGAUGGGGCUGGUGAACACAUCUGGGGGGUGCACCCCAGCUCCACGGGGACAUAAGCCCCCAGAUGUCACCCUAUGGACGCCUCCAUCUGGCUGUCCAUCUGUGUCCCUUGUAAGAAACCCGUGUCUCCCUGAGUUCUGUGGGCCAUUCUAGCAAAUUACUGAACCAGAGGCGGGGGCUGUGGGAAGCCCUGGCUUCUGGCGGC